CGAAAAAAGUGUUGCCAAUGGCGCGGAGUUUACCGUUUUCUGUCUUUCCGGUUACCAACAGAAAGAAAACUCGAGCAGCUUGUGGAUAGAUUUGAGCCGCCCUCCUGAUUUCAGGAACAGAGUCGAUCACCUCUCAACCGUGCCACCAACAGCGGCAUUCAUUGGCGUCGAGUAUGUCUCACACAAUCUUGCUGGUGCAGCCGGGGCGAAACCCGGAAACGAGAACCUACAGCGACUACGAGAGCGUCAACGAGUGUCUGGAGGGGGUGUGCAAAAUCUACGAAGAGCAUCUUAAGCGCCACUAUCCGAACACACCGACCAUUACGUACGACAUUAGCCAGUUAUUUGAUUUCGUUGACCAGCUCUUUGACCUAAGCUGUUUGGUGUACCAAAAAUCAACCAACACGUACGCGCCGUACAACAGGGAGUGGAUCAAGGAGAAAAUCUACGUCCUGCUGCGGCAAGCGGCCGGUAACACCGAAUAACCCGGACCCGUGUUGCCGGAAUGAUGCACAUCAUUGGUCAGCAGAAGCGAACGGCGAGCAAACAUGCGGACGAAUGAUUAAUGGAUAUCUCUUGCACUAAACUAAUGCAUUAAACGUUGGUCUGUUAUAAAGUUCGAUAACACCUAACAAGAUUCAAUGGAUUUACCUGCAGCAGAAUGUAAAAGGCUGAAGCGGAACCGUAAGCGACGGAAUAUAGAGCAGAGUUUAAGUGUCAAUAACAAACUUCAUGAAUAAAAGAGCA